AUGUCUAAACCCCAAAUCGUGCUCAUUCCGGGAGCAUGGCACUUUCCUUCCUGCUACUCCCUCAUCAUCCCGAAGCUUGAAGCAGCUGGCUAUACCGUGCACACGACCCAAUUGCCCUCUGUUACGGACCACGACCCUCCAAAGGACCUCUCGGCCGAUAUCGCAGCUGUACAGACGAUCGUAGACAAGGCCAUUGGGUCCGGAAACGACGUCAUUGUAUGCCCCCACAGCUGGGGAGGAAUCGUAGUGGGCUCCGCCUUAGUCGGAUAUAGCAAGAAUGAAAGGGAAGCACAGGGUGGAAAAGGUGGUGUGGUUAGAUGUGGGUACAUGUGCGCCUUCAUGGCGUCCGAGGGCAUGAGCUUAAAAGACGCCAAUAAAGGACAACCCACGACGUGGUGGACUGUAAAGGACGACGAGUUCUCGCUCUUGAACGACAACGCCCGAGACACUUUCUACAAUGACCUGCCGCCUUCCCAACGUGACUAUUGGUUCGAAAAAGUCUCGCGCACGCACUCGUUACACUCCUUCGGAGCAAAGGCUACGGGAGAGGCCUGGAAACAGAUCCCUACGUACUACCUUCUCUGCGAGGAUGAUAUGGCGAUACCGGCUGCGGCGCAGGAAGCGAUGACCAGCAUGGUGAAGAACAUGGGCGGUGAGCUUUGGACUGAGAGAUUGAAGAGCUCGCAUAGUCCUUUUUUGAGCCAUGUGGAUGAGACGGUAGCAUGGAUAAGAAAGGUUGCUGGGGAGGAUGUCUGA